AUGGAAGAAAUCCUAAAGAACAUCCUAAACCCAGACAACACUGUCAGAAGGGAGGCUGAGGCUAGCCUCGAGACUGCCAAAGAGCAAGACUCACAGAAACUAAUGGAGGAAAUGUUUGCAGCCCUGAACAACACAGAUGAUCAAGUUGCAAACCUUGCUUGCGUUCUUUUCAAAAAGUAUUUCCUAGAGACUGAAACAACUCCCAAAGAAACACUACAAGUGCUUCAGGAGAAACUCUUUGAGAUCAUUGAUCCAGAAAGGGCACCUAUCGUUCUACAUGCACAAGGAAGCGUCAUUGUCAAGGUUUUUGCCAAGUUGGAAGAUUUCAGAACACUCCUUGAUAAGAUAAUUGAGUUGAGCAAACACGAAAAUGCAGCUGUAAGAGAACUUUCAUAUCACAUGCUUGAUAUCCUUGUGGAUGUCCACAUCCCACAGGAGUUAGCGAGUGAAUAUAUCAGCAGCUUCAAGGAGAUUUUCAAGCAAGGUCUAUCAGACUCAGACCUGAAGGUCAAGGUUGCAUCUUUCAAGGCUACUAGCUCAUUCAUUACAUCGCUUUCUGACAAUACUCUCGCAUUGCAGUUCUCAGAUAUCGUUGAAGGCUUGCUCAGCAUCAUGAUUGAUGCUCUCAAAGAGGACGAGAAUGCCGGUAAAGCCACUCUCGAGAGUUUCAUCGACAUGGCUGAUUUCCAUCCAGAUCUUUUCAAAGAGUACGGAACAACUUUGGUAGAUGUGGUUUCCCAAAUCAUGCUGAAUACUGAUUUUGAAGAUGGAACUAGAUCCAGUGCUAAGGAGAUCCUCCUCUCUUUAGCCAAUAAGGCACCAGGGGUUGUAAGAAAGCUAGAUAAUUUGAAGACUGACUUCUAUCCCGCUCUCUUUAAGAUGAUAACUGAAGUGACCAAUGAAGACGAUAUUGAAGAAUGGGCCAAAGAGAAAGAGGAAGAAGACAUCACUAGAAGUGACCCACACGCCGUUGCUAGAGAAGCUCUCCUCAGAUUUUCCAGAAUAGUUGGAGAGAACAUUACAAUAGAAGCAUCUAUCGAUCUUAUCAAAACUGCUAUCACUGAUGAGGACUGGAAAAAGAGGCAAGCAGGAUACUAUUAUUUGGGCUAUAUCGCAGAAUCAUGCAAGAAAAUUUUAUCAAAAGACUUAGAAGAGACUAUGAGACUCUCUGCAGCUGGUGUUGUUGAUUCCCACCCAAGAGUACAGUAUGCUGGACUCACUUGUCUUGGACUUAUGAUCACUGAGCAAGCUCCAAAGGCACAGAAGAAGUAUCAUGCUGAAAUCAUGCCUCAACUCAUGAGUAUCAUGAAGAGUGAUUGCUACAUGAAAAUCAAGACCCAAGCAACUUCAGCAGCAGUUAGCUUUGUCAGAGAACUUAUCCAAGUUGAUGAGCAAGGUAUAGAAGAAACCGAGAGAGAAGUUGGAGCUAUCGAAGGAUAUACAGAUGACUUAUUAAACUGCUGUGCUGACUUAUUCACUGAUGCCAUUGAGAAAGAUUAUCCAGCUCUCCAAGAAGAGGUAUUGGCUUUGAUUUCAUGCAUUGCUACCUUGAUUGAAGAAAAAUUCGCAGUAUUCUAUCCUAAAUUCAUGCCAGGAUUGAUUCAGAUUAUCCAAAACACUCCUAAUGAGACUGUCCAUCAAAAAGAUUUGAGAUCUAACACAAUCCAGACUAUUGGAUUUUUAAUGGACGCCAUCAAGAACUCCGAAGAGAACAUGGAUCAAUUCAAGGAUGACGCUAAAAAUAUUGUUGAAAUUUUCAGUCAGAUCCUAACAUCAGAUGAUAUUAAGGAGGAAGAUCCACAAGUUACCGCUAUCACAAACGCUCUAACCCAAGCAGCAGCUGUACUGAAGGACGAUUUCGCUCCAUACCUUCCAGCCAUUAUGGAAAAGCUUCUAGAAGGUGCUAAAUCUAAUGUUGACUUCAAACUUGAAGAUGCCCUUCUGCCAACUGAAGAGCAGGAAGACAACAUGACUAGUGUAACCUUCAAAAUGAAGGGAAUGGAAGGCCAGAAGAAACUUUCCCUCAACACCAAUGCUCUUGAGACUAAGAUCAACUCCGUCCAGGUGCUUAGAGCCUUGGCUGAGAACUUAAAGGCUACAUUCUUCCCAUUCGUAGAAAAGACUUAUGAAGUUUUGUCUGAGCUAUUCGAGUACAAGUAUAGUAAAGCUGUGAGACUCUGUUCAGUUGAAUGCUGCCAAUAUCUCAUCGAAGCUUGCACUGAUGCCACCAUGAAGGAGCAAAUUAUGGGAGCUAUGCACAUCAAAUUCGAAACUGGAAUCCAGUCCUCACUGAAAAAGAGCGAUUCUGAAGAAAUCGUAGUUUUUCUGAAGGAAUACUACCACUGCAUCAAACUCUUUGAAGAAAAAGGAGCUCCAGUUUCUCCUUCUCAGAUUGAGAAUUUGGUGGAUCUCAUGGCUAAAUCAUGCCACCUUGCUUCCGAAGAGAAGAAGCUGACCCUUGUAGAGCUCGAGAAGAACAGAGAAAAUCUUGAUGAAGAAGAUGUAGCAGGAUAUAGAGAAGCCCUUGAUGAGAUUGAGAAAGCCUUCCUCUAUUCCAUGGAAGUAGCUGGUCAAUACAUGAGACUCUUCAAAGCAGAUGUUACUCAAAUCAUGAAAGAGAAGCUCUUCACUCUCUUUGUAGAGAACAUGAGCAAAUCAGAGAACACUGAGCAUGAGGUCAUUGAUGGACUCUGCUUCCUUAUCGAUUGCUGUGAGUUCCUCUCCAUCGAGUUCUUCCAAGAAAUCUACCAAGAUGUUGUCAAGAAAUUCGUAGAGAUUUACGAAAAGCAUAAGAAUGAUGAAGACAGAGAUGUUGUACAGUCAUUGUCAUUCGGGCUUGGAGUAGUCGCUUCUAGAUUACCAAAUGAUCAAUAUGCCCCAUUAGCAGAAGGAAUUCACAAUAUCCUUGAAGAAGUUAUCAGUGUCCCAGAUCCAAUGUCUGAAGAAAACAAUUUUGCUACUGAGAACGCUCUAAGCUCUCUUCUCAAAAUUGUAAUGUUCCAAAAAGACGGAACAUUGAUCACUGAUGAUCAUGCUAAGAAGUAUUUAGGAAUGCUUCCACUUAAAGAAGAUUUAGAUGAAGCAUUGGCUAUCAACAAGAUUAUCAUUGAACAAGUUGAAAAGCAAAACCAGAACAUUCUUGCUACCACUGGUGCUGAAGUAGAGGCUGCAUUGAACAGAAUCGCUGAACUUCAUCAUAAUGAACCAGAGUUAAAGACCCUGAAUGAAGAAUAUGCCCAAAGACUUUCCGCUUUGCUCCAGUCUAACUAA